AUCAAUUACUUGAUUUUAUUAAAAUAAAAAAAUAAAUAAUAAUUUAAUUUAAUUUAAUAAAAAAUUAAAUAAUUUAAUAAAAAAUAUAAAACUUAAAAAGCUUAUUUUUAAAAGUAUAAUGAUUACGUAAUUAAUUUUAUUAAAAUUAAUAAAUAAAACAAUCUGGCUCUUCAACGACUGUUCUUGCUGCUGUCCUGCGGAGCUUCAAUUCUAGAUGAUCAACCUCCACGCUUUCCAAACUCGCUAACAGGCACACAUUUGUAGACCCACAGCUAAACACUCUCUACCCUUCACCUCCAAACCCUAAUAAAUUUCUCAGCCUUCCACACUCUGUGUUUAACCAAUUUCAUGGAUCAUCAAAGCCAAUCUCCAUCUCCUCCUUAUGACCUAGUAAUCCUGGGAGCCUCAGGCUUUACAGGUAAAUAUGUUGUCAGAGAAGCCCUCAAGUUCCUCAACAUCCCUUCUUGUCCCCUUAAAUCCCUUGCUCUAGCAGGUCGCAACCCCACUAAACUAACCCAAGCCCUCAAUUGGGCUUCCCACCCCAGCACUUCUCCUCCGAUCCCUAUCCUCAAAGCCGACACUACCGACCCUUCUUCAAUCCGUCAUCUCUGCACCCAAACCAAGCUCAUUCUCAAUUGCGUUGGCCCUUUUCGCCUCUAUGGUGAGCCCGUUGUUGCUGCUUGUGCUCAGUCUGGGUGCGAUUACUUGGAUAUAUGUGGGGAGCCUGAAUUUAUGGAGAGAAUGGAAAUGAAGUUCCACGAGAAUGCAAUGGAGACUGGUUCUUUAGUGGUUUCGGCAUGUGGGUUUGAUUCUGUUCCUGCUGAAUUGGGGUGGAUGUUUAAUUCCAGGCAAUGGGUGUCCCCGGCUGUACCAAACCAAAUUGAGGCCUAUUUGAGCUUGGAGUCGGAGAAAAGGAUUGUUGGGAACUUUGGGACAUAUGAAUCUGCAAUUUUGGGAGUGUCCAAUGCGGAAAAGUUGCAGGAGUUGAGGCGUUCAAGACCUAAAAGGGCAAAGCCCGUGAUUCCUGGACCCUUUCCUCCUAAAGGACCACCGAUUGAACACCCAAAGGAGAUUGAUCUUUGGGCUGUAAAGCUACCUUCUGCAGAUUCUAUUGUUGUUCGAAGAACUCUUGCAACACUGACAGAAAACCCCCAAGGUCUUCCUGGGGUUAAUGAGAGUGCUGAACAUAUUAAAAAGAGAGAGGCUUUCUGGUCAAUGAUGAAGCCUGCCCAUUUUGGGGUGAAGCUUGCCUCUAAAACUCUAUCGGGUGUCAUUCGCUUUAUAACAGUUGGCGUGUUCAUGGGUCUAUUGGGUGGAAAUGCUAUUGGGAGGUGGCUUCUAUUUAAAUUUCCAUCUUUUUUUAGUCUUGGAUGGUUUACGAAGAAGGGCCCCUCAGAGGAUGAGGUGAGAAGUGCUACAUUUAAGAUGUGGUUUGUUGGACGUGGUUUCAGUGAUGGGAAUCAAGUUUCACAGGCAAACAUGAAACCAGAUAUGGAAAUAGUAACAAGACUAAUGGGGCCUGAGAUUGGCUAUUUGACAACCCCUAUAAUCCUAGUUCAAUGUGCUCUUAUCCUUCUAAGCGAACGUGACAACCUGCCAAAGGGAGGAGUUUUCCCCCCCGGUAUUGUAUUUGGCCCUACUGAUCUUCAAGAACGACUCCAACAGAAAGGAAUAUCUUUCGAUGUCAUUUCAAAGAAAGCUCUCCCUGCUUAACUGGUGCAGGCUUCAUCGAGCUCUAGGAAAUAUAACAAAACUUUUACCUGUUUUAAACAAGAUAGUUAUGAUAGGAGAUAGAUAAUUACGAUAGGAGAUAGGUACUUUCUUUCAACUAUUUUGUUCAAAAAAAAAAUUGAAAAUGCUAUGAAAUUAUCUUAAUUUGAAUCUGGUUUUCCUCAA